AUGGAAGUGGAUAUAAAAAUCAAGAGGGUGGAGGUUCCCGAGAACACCUACAACACCUUAGUCCUGUGCUAUGACGACGAGAAAGUCAUCUUUGAGGACAGGGUUGUCAUGACCUUCAAGAAAUUUCACAACACAAUUAUAGGCGACAGCAAGAUCCUACUGAUGAAAAGAUCCUUUCCUUGGAACCUAUGCACUGGAUUUGCUAUGUUAAACCAUUCUUUCUUCCGAAAUGGAAACGAGAAAGAGGAGCACUCGCUGGAAAUUUUUCAUGGAAGGUACCGCGAUAAGGCAAGUAGCUAUAACUUUGAAGAGAGAGAAGUAAUAGGAAGGCUACACUAUGUGUUUGAGAGAAGGUUGCAUGGAGAACGAGGGGUAGAGGAAGAGGAUGAGAUAAGUGGAUUUGUCCAGAAAGUGUUUGGGUUUUUUUUUAGCAGCGAAAAAGCAGGGACGAUUUUGAACAUAAAGAAGCUGUUGGACUAUGUAAACAGAGGAAGCCAUGGAUGCAGGCUGAACAUACUAUUUGGAGGGCUUCUGGUUGAAAAGACUAUAACAGAGAUCAAUGCAUUGUCCACCAGGAAUGUUGAUCUUAUUUUAGAGAUAACUCAUGAAUGUCUUCCAAGAAUCUUCCACGAAGUAAGCUACAAUAAAAGCUUUCCCACUAGGAAGGAUGAUGCAGAAAAAGCAGAGGACAACAAAAAACGAUUCUUCAGGUUGAAUUUGCCAUUGGGCCGCUCACCGUACGAUAAAAAUAACAUGUAUAAAAGGUCUGUAUGCAUGGCAAGUAUACUAUCCAGCGAUGGAUAUUUACUAUGCAGUUUGCAGAUGCUUCGGAAGAUAAAGAGGUUGUUUUACUUCGCAAUGGGGUCGUAUGCCAAUAGCUGGCCCAGCAUUUUUCUUACAUCGCAAGCACAGGUUGAUGAAUUAAUUCCAAGCGAUAGAAGGGCAGUGCUCAGGCUCAUAGGAAUAGAAGACAGGGACUUGCUUUUGAUGCACCUGGAACCUUCUGAGGUAGUUCAGCACAUUGUCUUUUACGAUAGGGAAUAUGAAAGAGUCAUAGUUUCAUUUAAAGGGACUACAAACUCUGAGGAAACCAUCCAAGAUAUAAACUGUGAGUACACAGAGUUUGGAACUGGCUUUGUACACAAUGGAUUCAAGAAGUUGGCAACCCACUUUAUAAGUAAUCACAUAGAUGAGAUUGAAGGUAUCUUAAAAAGGUUAAGCGUAAAGAAGCUUCUUCUGCUAGGACACUCUCUUGGAGGAGCGAUUUCGAUCCUGGUUAAAAUAAUGAUCAAUGAAAUGAAACUUCUAAAAGGCAUAAAUGUGGAGGCGGUGGUCUUUUCAAGUCCUCCUGUGGUUUCUGAGGAAAUAGCAUCCAAAUUUGGAGACGGAAUAACUAUAAUUAGCUAUGGAAAUGACAUAGUACCUCGGAUGAGCUAUGGAAGCAUGCUAGACCUCAAGUUUCUCUGCUGCUCGAUCGGAGAAAGACAUGGCCCACUAGACUUCAGCGGAGAGGUUGAUAAAGAUAUUGAUCUGGUUCUGUCUUAUCUUAAGGACACAAACAUGUACCCGAAGCUCUACUUGCCAGGAGAGCUUAUACACAUAAAAAGGAUUCGAUGCUCUCUCAGCAAGAAUGAAAACCCCGUUGUUGUUUUUAAGUCCGUGGACAAGGAGUUUUUUGAGCAGAUUAUUCUCAUUAAGCAUUCGCCGAAACAUCACACUGUGGGACACAUAGCAUCUGUUAUCGAUAGCGGAAUCGACAUGCUUGAGAAAAAGAAGAAGUGA